GCGGCGGCGGAGGGGCUCCCCGGAGGCUGCAGGAGAGGGAAGGCCCCCGCCUCUCGAGUGAUUUAAGAAGACAUCUCCGCCAAAGAACGAACAUGAACUGUAGUUUGUCGCUGCAGCAUUAUUACAUCUUUCCAGUCGCAGCGUUCAGGUGGAGAGCUUUCUUCCUUUUGGAUUCUGCUUCCUAAGGGGCGGCAUGGGGACCCCAGUGGAAACUGGGCCUUGUAAUCCAUUACAGCCAGCUGAAAAUUCGCACCAGCUGCAGGCAUAUGUGGCCUGGGUGAAUUCACAGCUGAAGAAGAAGCCGGCAGUGAAGCCGGUGCAGGACCUCAGGCGGGAUCUCCGAGAUGGGGUCGUCCUGGCUUCUCUCGUCGAGAUUGUAGCGGGGGAGAAACUGAGCGGAGUUCAGGUCAGCCCCACUAGCCAGCAGGAAAUGAAGGAGAACGUGGAGAAAGUCCUGCAGUUUGUGGCAUCCAAAAAGAUCCGUAUGCAUCAGACCUCCGCUAAAGACAUCGUUGAUGGCAACCUGAAAUCCAUCAUGAGGCUGAUCCUCGCCUUGGCCGCUCACUUUAAACCCGGCUCAAGUAAAGCCACCGGUCAGGCCCCGUCUGGCAUGGCGGGAAAGAACCCAGCAGGAGCAGCAGUGUCGGUGGCCACUCACAGGCCUCAUUCCGCAGCCGCUGUCGCCCAAGGUGCCAUGGCGGCCCUAGCAGACGUUCGCCAGGAUAUCUCGCUCUCAGGACGGGAUGUUUUUCGGCAUAGGCAGAGAAACAGCAGCAUGGAUGACGAGAUCGAGCACCCGUACUGGAGCGUCCGUGCGCUGGUGCAGCAGUACGAGGGGCAGCAGAGCACGCCUUCAGAGUCCCGCUCCUCCAGCCUCACGUCGCCCAGCCCCGUAAACAGCGCCAAGAGUGAGUCCAGCGCCACCCCUUCGGAGGAAAAGGCGGGAUUUGACAUUGUUCGGGAAGAAGAAGCUGAGACUAGAACAGAAGAGGCGGGCUCUCCCUUCCCCUCGGAGUGGCAGGCGCGCUGUCCUGCGACAAGCUUGGAGACUUCAUGGGAGGAGCAACUGCUGGAGCAGCAAGACCACUUAGAAAAAGAGAUGGAGGAAGCGAAGAAGAUGAUUUCAGGACUACAGGCCUUGCUGCUCAACGGGUCGCUACCUGAGGACGAGCAAGAGAGGUCCUUUUCCCUUUGUGAGCGGGAGGCCUGCCCUGAAGAGCAGCUGAUUAUAACCCGAAGCCGACUGGACCAGAGCAUGGAGGAGAAUCAGGAGCUCAAGAAGGAACUGCAGAAGCACAAGCAAGAAGCCAGAAAUCUGCAGGGAACGAAGGAUGCCUUGCAGCAGCGGCUGGCCCAGCAGGAUGCUCUCAUCCUGCAGCUAAAGCAAGAGCUGCUGAGAGCCAACAUGGACAAGGAGGAGCUUCACAGCCAGCAGGCUGAUCUGCAGAGGAAGGUGGAAGAGAGGAAUCGGCUGCUGGCGGAAUACAAAAAGGAGCUGGCCCAGAAGGACCGGCACUUACACCAACACCAGGCCAAGAUGGACGAGAUGCUGCGGCAGCUCUCCGAGGCCAGCUACCAGCAGGCAGAUUUGGAGCGGGAGCUGGAGCACAAAGAAGCCCUCUUGGCUCAGUGCAUGAAGAAGGAUGCCGAGGAGGUCAUUGUCUACGGCAACCACAGCUCUCAGAGCAACGGCUUCCUGCAGCCCUCAGGAAAAGGAGCAACGUCCACAACUCACAGAGGGACCAGCGACCUGCAGCUGGUGCGCGAGGCCCUCCGGAGCUUGCGGAACAGCUUCAGCGGCCAUGAUCCCCAGCACCACACCAUCGACAGCCUGGAGCAAGGCAUCUCCAGCCUGAUGGAGAGGCUGCACCGCCUGGAGAUGCAGAAGAGGCAGGAGAGGCGGGGCCGAGGGAAGUCACCCGUCGACCACCCGACCAACGACUGCAGAGACUCCUGGCCCUCCAACUCCAAACUGCCUCAUUCUCACAGCACCCCAGCGAUGGGCAGCAGCGCCUGCACCAAAGUGCUCUACUUCACGGAUCGUUCCCUCACGCCUUUCAUGGUCAACAUACCAAAGAGGUUGGGCGAGGUGACCUUGAGGGACUUCAAAGCAGCUAUCGAUCGGGAAGGAACGCACCGGUACCAUUUCAAGGCCCUGGAUCCGGAAUUUGGCACCGUCAAAGAAGAGGUUUUCCACGACGAUGACGUCAUCCCCGGCUGGGAGGGGAAGAUCGUCGCCUGGGUGGAAGAGGACCACGGGGAGAACUAGUCGGGUCCCUGCAGCGCCUUUGACCUCGAAGCUCCUCCGCUGGCUGCAGCGCUCGCUGGGUACUGAC